CAUCCGGUGAAAUGUCUGUCUCAUUGUUCUAUCUGUGAUUUUAGUGUUGGCUCUGUAACUAUCAAACGCUAGUUACCUAACUGCCAUAAGCUUGCGGUCUUUCAAUGCCUAUGGUAUUUCUUUGUUCGAAUAUCCUCAUACAGUAAAUGCUACAUCUUAUAUAUAUAAAGUAUUAAAUUGUUAUUAGGACCGUCAUUGAAAGAGACAACAUCCAACAGUAGCUAGCCUGCUAACGGUAGCUAGCUAGCUUCCUAGCCUUUUGCUGAGUUGGAUCGUAACACUGACCCACUUGAACAAAAGUACCUAAAUGUUACGAACUCUUAACUGUAGCUAGCUACACAUAGACAGUUUGCUAUGAUGUCUGAAGCCAUCAUAACCUUCCAGUCUCAGCUCUCCGGAGUCAUGGAGACUGUAUUCAAGGCUGCUAUGUACGAGAUCACCAGGCUGGUGGACGAUAGCUUCCUGAAGGAGAUGUCCCGCAGCCGGGAGCAGGUCGAGUCACUGAAGAAGCGGCUGCAGUGGUCAGAGAACAGACGCAGGGAUAGGGACAAAGAGCGAGACCGGAGGGGGAAGUGUGCGGACUGUGGGAGAGCUGACGAGGAAGCCGAGGAGAGAAGCUCUGGAACCUCACAGACAGGUGUGGAGAGGGGGCGUGGCCUGAAGCAGGAGAAGGUACCAGGGGAGGAGUGGAGCAGCUGUGGGGGCGUGGCCAGGGAAACAGCCUUAAAUGAUCUGGAGGAGGCUGAGGCCACCAGCCCUAGGAGAAUCUCUGAGUCCACAGAGGUCGGAGGUCAGAAGCUGGACAGUCUGCUGAAAGAGGAGCCUCUCCACAACACUGAGCUACAGGAGAGAUGGGGCGUCUGCCUGGAUGGGGCCGAUGGUUCAGACAUCUCGGGGCCCAGUAAGAGUUUUAUUCAGCAGGAUCUACAGCGGUGCCAGGAUGACUGGGCUUCUGGUCUAGACCAGGGGCCUGAACCACCGGGCCCCGAGGGAGACCCAGGAGACGCCAGCCAACCUCUCUACCGCCCCCGCUACAGCAUGGAGGAACUGGGGGUCGGCUUUGAGAAGUCUGGUUACGGCAGUAGUGGUAGUGGCGACCAUCUUCUAGACAUGGAAGGGCUGGAUAGGCUUCCUGAUUCCCAGUCUCGUCUGGGGGGGCUGAGCUACAGAGCUGCAGGUCACUACCAGGUGGACCUGGGGGGGUCUGAGGGGGGAGACCAUCACCAUCGCUCCCACAUGCCUCGCUCCCAUCGGAGCCGGAAGGAGCAGGUGGGGUCGCCAAUGCCAUCCCCCCACCCGGAGGUGGGAGACCUGAACUGCCUGUUGAUCAAUGAGGAGGGUUACCUGCAGGACUCCAGUGUCUUGUAUCCUGAACACGGUGUCCCAGAGUCAGGUAGUAGAGCCGGCCACAGGGGGCUAACCUCCAUCCACUCUGGAAGCUCAGCCCACAACAACAACACAGAGAGCCUGUAUGGUGCUGCUGACGACUUUGGACUCUCUUUAAACCUCAGAGAUCGUUCACAAGAGCAGGUAACAGGAGGAGGGGGGAGGCGUCAUGCCUGCAAUCAAUGUACUAUGACCUUCCCAGACUCUGGUUCUCUCAAGGUCCACAAGCAGAAACACAAAACUGGGAGAGGGUCGAGUACAGGGUCAGGGUCUGUGCCUCUGUACUCCUGCACCCAGUGCGGUAAGACCUUCACCCAGGCCUGCAACCUCAAGGUCCACCAGCGAGUCCACCAGGCCAAGGGACUCCACCUCUGCAGCCACUGCGGCAAGGGCUUCACCUCCUUCUCCGACCUGAAGAGGCACAAGUGCAGCCAGACCACAGACAAGCCCUACUGCUGCUCCAUCUGUGGGAACAAGUUCAGUCGGCUCUGGAACCUGAAGGUGCAUCAGCGCAUUCACACGCAGGAGAAACCCCACUGCUGCAAUAUGUGUGACAAGAGCUUCACGCGGGCAGACAUUUUGAAAGUGCACCUGCGCACCCACACUGGGGAGAGACCGUACUGCUGUUCUGUCUGUGGACUCAGCUUCAAACGACUGGCACAUCUGAAGUCACACCAGCGCAAACACAGGCCAAAUCUCCUGGACUGAUUUUGUUAUUGAUACAUUUUUUUGUUAUAUAGCAGACACUUACAAUUGCUUCAUUAAUCUUCGGACUAGUUUUAUUAUUUUAUUUGACAUUGAGAACAUUUCUUGUGGUCAGUUCUUUAUUAAUAAGGACAUUGAAAAUAUGACCAUGUUUGCUGUGAUCUAGUGUACAAUAAAUUAGGCGGCUCUGCUAUUCUUACAACUUUGCCCAGUCAAAAAGACGGAACUACUUUUCUAUGAGUUCUGAUCCUUCUAGCCUUGAUUUUCAUUUUUAUAACAUAUACAGUAUUUCACUUUUUAACAUGUAUAGUUUUUACUAGGUGUUGUCCAAUGAAUUCUGUAACCCUCUUCAAAUCAGGUUUGAUUGGAAAAUGCUGUUCAAAUGAGGGCAUGCAUUAUCAAAUCUUUGUACUCCCUGACUAAGGCCAUGCAGCCGAAACGCGUCUGAGUUUGUAAUCUUUGUUUUCAUUUAACAUGCCGUACAAAUGAAGGCAUUUUAAUGAAUUAUUUUCAGAGUGCCUUGGUCCUGCUUUAUUUUUGAUGAAAAUAUGAACGGUUGUAAAUCUGUGUGUUGGUUAAGAAUUCACACCAUACAUGGACUGUCUAUGAAUUGUCUGUCAAAAUGAUCAUGCCAACCUAACAAACAUCUGAAUAUGGGGCAUUCAUGUGCUCGUGGGAAGUCGUAAGUCUGCCAUGAUUGUGUUCAAGUGCAUUUAAAGUCUGACCAAUUCUUCAACCAAUAAGAUUUUAGAUAUCUGGAUUGCUAGCUAACAUUGCUAAAAAAUAAAGUUAGCUUGUGACGUGUUGAUAGGACGGUUCAGCAUGAACAACAAAAUAAUCAAUCAACAAUAAGAUAGUAUAGUCCUGUCAGAGUCAACAGUCUCAGUUCGAAACCUUAGUCCUACCAGAACCUUUGGUUGAGAGUGUGAGUCCUUAAAUGGAAGUCCAAGACCAAAUAAAUGUUUGUAACCCAAAGGAAGCCCCCCCUCAAAAAGGUAAUCCAACGAGAUCUAAAUUUAAAAGCAAUAAUCCAACAGAAAAGACACAAUGGGCCACAUUCCCCUGCGCUAUGUCUAGAUAUUUUCACUAGCGCCAGGACAACACCUGUAUCGAGAUAUUUUUUUAGAUGACAAAAAUGAAAACAUGGAGCAGACUUAACCUUUUAGUCCUUUAAAAACCUGCUGUAUGUAAAAUACUGUGUGCUAUAGCUUGGAAAAUAAAUACAUGGGACUCUGGAUGACAACAUAGUGAUGUUUGUUUAGGACUGUUUUGCUAAAGAACUCCACUUUACUGUUUUGUUUCCUUAUCACGACACUGGUGUCAUCCAGGCCUCUAAUUUUCAUCAAAACAGUGGACCGUGAUAGGAAAGAGGCCUACAAAUUCCUCUUAGCACACAGCAAACAAUGCUACCUCUCUCUGCAGUCAAUUCAAGAUGGCACCUGUGGGGUGGACACGCCUCCCCACCACACCCAUAUCUGCAACCUUAAAGGCCAACUGCAUAAUAACUGCCAAUUAUAUUCCCAACACAGUACGUUAACAUGGACAAGACUAAGUACAUACAGCAAAACAUUAUUUAGAUUUAUUUUAGGGGCAAUGUUUCAUUUCACUUUCACAUUAUGCUUUCUUGGUAAAGCAUGUUAUAAGCUAGCUUGCUUAACAUUGACAAUAUGGUCAAACUAUCUACAGUACACUGAACAAAAAAUAUGAAUGGAACAUGUACAGUGUUGGUCUCGUGUUUCAUGA